UGGCUGACAUUAAACCACCGUGUUUGAAUUUUUGUUAACCACUCCAUCUCCCCAUGGCUAUAUAUAGCAGUGUGUCGUGAGUUGCAGUGGAUGUGUGAGUAGAGCUGUGUGCUAUGUGCGUUGUGGGUGUGUGUGUGUGUGUGAGAUAGAGAGAGAGAGAGAGAGAGUUGAGUUCAAGGCAGUAGCAUCAUCCUCCUUGUAUUAUUCUCUCAGUUAUGGUGAAUUGAUGUGUAUUCCAUGGACAUAGGUUGAUUCAUCCGAACCAUGUAAAUCCGAUGUUUCAUUUUUAUUAUUUAUUUUUACCUGUGUGCGAUUGUUGCUUCAAGAUCCAUCCCAACAAUAUGCACAAAUCCUGGCCUAGGAUGAUACUUGUCUCAUACAAAAAGUCUACAGUUUGAGCUAGCUUCGCUUUCUGGCCCUGCUAUUUAUGCCCCAGGCCAUGACUUCAGAUCCUUGCCAUCUGGGGGAGGCAAUUGAGGAGGCUCUUCAUCGCAAAAUAAUGGUAGAAGCUCUUCUCUUUCCCUUCUCUCUUCUUCUUCUUCUAGAAGUCUCUUGCUCAGAUGAUUUUGUCUUCAAUGGCUUCAAAGAUGCAGCAGCCAAUCUGAGCUUGGACGGAGCAUCCCUCAUCGCCCCAAAUGGAGCUCUGCAGUUGACCAACACCACAAAAUUUGUUAGUGGCCACGCCUUCUACUCCACCCCGUUUCCCAUGCUCAGCAGAACAGAUCGUAAAAAUUCUGUAAUCCAGAGAGCAGCUUCUUUUGCCACAACCUUCGUUUUUGCAAUUGUUACUCCAGUUGCCGGUGGCUCUGGGGGACAUGGCUUUGCAUUUACAAUAUCUCCGACAAGGAACCGUUCCAAGGCAUCCACUGAUGUCUACCUUGGUCUGUUUAGUCCAAAGGACAACGGGAAUUCCUCAAACCAUGUCUUUGCCAUUGAGUUCGACACAGUUCAGUCUCUAACUCUGUUCGGGGACAUAAAUGACAACCAUGUUGGCAUAGACAUCAACAGUCUGAGGUCCAAUUCUUCUGUUUCGGCCUCGUAUUAUGAUAAUACCACCAGAUCUUGGGCAGACCUUGAACUUGAGAGCGGAAAUCAAAUCCAAGCUUGGGUUGAGUAUGACGGAGUUCACAAAAUUGUUAACGUAACCAUUUCUCCUUCAUUUCAACCAAAACCAAACAGACCGCUCUUGUCUCAUGCCAUCGACUUGUCACCUAUUCUUCAAGAAUCCAUGUAUGUCGGCUUCUCGUCAUCGACAGGUAAACUUGCGAGCUCCCAUUACAUCUUGGGUUGGAGUUUUGGAAUGAAUACAGAAGCACAUCCACUUGAUCUCAGCAAAGUUCCUCCUACCCCACACCACAGAACACGAUCAUCAGAACUUAAGAAAAGAGAUUUGGAGAUCGGGGUGGGAUCAUCGUUGGUGACCUUCGUCUUUCUUGUUGGCGCAAUCAUCACUUUAGUCUUCAUCUUACGAAGAGCAGAGCUGGCCGAUGACCUUGAUGAUUGGGAACUGGAUUUCCCCCGUAGGUUCCGAUACAAAGACCUUCAUGCUGCCACUAGAGGUUUCAAAAAGAGUCAACUUCUUGGAACUGGGGGCUUUGGUAGUGUGUACAAGGGAGUGCUGCCAAGGACCAAAGAUGAGGUCGCCGUUAAGAAAAUCUCCCACAAUUCCAAACAAGGAGUUAAAGAAUUUAUUGCAGAGAUUGCAAGCCUGGGAAAUCUCAGACACAGACAUCUGGUUCAUCUCCAAGGAUGGUGCAGAAAGAAAGGUGAUCUCCUUCUAGUUUAUGAUUACAUGUCGAACGGAAGCCUCGACGCAUUUCUAUACCAAGAGAACAAAAAUCUCGAUUGGAGACAGAGGUUCAGGAUCCUCAAGGAAAUAGGUGCAGGACUUACCUACCUACACGAAGAAUGGGAACAGGUGAUUCUCCACAGGGAUGUGAAGGCCAGCAACGUGCUGCUUGACACUAACAUGACCGCUAAGUUGGGGGAUUUCGGCCUGGCAAAGCUAUACGAGCACGGGAAGAACCCGAGCACGACCCACGUCGUUGGCACGGUGGGGUACAUUGCGCCGGAGAUAUCCUUCACUGGGAAGGCUACGACUAGCUCGGAUGUUUUUGCCUUUGGAGCUCUACUGCUGGAAGUGGCAUGCGGAAGGAGACCCCUGGACACUAGCGUGCCAUCAGCGGGACAAGUAAUUCUGCAGGAUUGGGUUUCGGAGUGUCACCAGAGGGGAGAGAUUCUCCGGGCGGCUGAUCCUAAGCUCGGGAAUUCAUACGAAAGGGAAGAGGUGGAGUUGGUUUUGAAGCUUGGCCUUCUUUGUUCCGAUCUAGAGCCGCAAGCCAGGCCUAAGAUGAGGCAAGUGACAUGCUACCUCAGGGGCUCAGACCCGCUGCCCAAAUUAGAUGUCCCAAGUCAUGUGGUCAUUGAAUCCGGCUCGCUGGAUUUGAUCACCGACUCAUACCCAUCAUCCUGUGGCGUGGUUUCCACAGGUUCGUUGCGCUGUGGCAGAUAGAAUUCGGUUGUCAAAGAAAAGUGCAGGUCAAGAGAUCAUUUAGGAAAAAUAUGGGUUUGUUGUAUAGUAGUAGUGUUUGUUGUGUAGUGUUGUGUUUAAGUUGUAUUAGGUAGUUUGGUCGAGGCCAGGUGGGCUUGUGGAGGUCAUGACUCGUGUACUCCUCAUCUCAUCUCCCUCGUUCUGUUCUGUUGUGCGGCUAUAUAUAUAUAUAUUCUCUGCUUCUGUGUUGAUUGUAACUUCUUUUGGUUAAUAAAAUGCUUUCUUAAUUAA